ACAUUAUGGUCACACUGGUUACAAGUCAAAAUUGAGCGAAGCGCGCAUGUACAAAAAAAGCGAGUCGCAAGUCUGUCAACGAUCGGCAAAGCGUGAAGUUCGCAUCGCGCAACGAAACUGUUUAUUUCAACCUCCAUAUAAGUAUGUAUACAAACAUACACCUGCAGCCGUGAGUUCGACAUUUAUUGCCUCCACUUUGUAUUCCUAACGAAUCCGCUAAGCUGUAAACUCUACGAAAAAUAAACAAAACAGACACACUCGCCACACGAACGUCACAUAAUUCUGCGCCUUCGCCGAGAAGACGUCGCUCGCUCUGCCGGCAGAAGCUUCGCUGAAAAACGUUAAAUAAUAAAUAAAAAACCAAACCGGCAUAUAGUGAGUGAAUUUACAAUUUAGCAAUUGCAAAUCGAAUUAAGUUAAAAAAGAGGCACAGUACGUGUGAGUAAACGUGAUCGAAGGAGACUGCGAAGAGUGAGGGAAGCAUAAUCUCUGUGCUUGAAGGUCAACCGCAUCUUACAAGUUUCGCCUUUGCGUACAUAGUAUGUGUGCAUACGUACAUACAUAUAUCGCUGCGUCAGUCCACAAGAAUGUGUUAAUUUGGUAUUUCAACAAAAACAACCGCAUCAACAACAACGUCAGCUGUCUGACGACACAAACAAUAAAUUUGCAUAAAAAAGUAAACAAACGCCCAGCAAGCUAAGCCAUAAUAUGAAGAUCUUCCGACCGCAACACAAGGUAAACAACAAUUGGGAAUUGUUGUUGAUGCUGCUCUUUGGUUUGAUCUGUGGCGCCUGCCUCUCGACGCUCCUGCAACGUGCUCGCAAAUCAACCGAUCCCACCUAUAGUCAAUAUCCAGCCCCUGAAGAUUUCACAUCCUCUCAAUCCGUUUCCACAUCCAUUUCGAAUGCAACAACUCGUAUACUCUGCAUGAUUGUGAGCAGUUCGCUGCAAUCUCGUGCUCUGCACAUAGAACGCACUUGGGGCAGACGUUGCCACAAACUGCUGUUCAUGGGGAAUCCGGCUGACAACACUGCGAAGCUGAGAGAGCGACACACCAAUUCGUGGACCAAGACACGUGCCCACCUGCAGCAUGUGUAUCAGCAUUAUUACGAUGACUACGAUUGGUUUCUCAAGGUGCCGGAUGAUACCUAUGUGAUUAUGGAGAACUUGCAGCAUUUCUUGGCAAGUCAUUCACCAGAGUCGCCCAUUUAUUUUGGCAGCAAUGACUGGGAGCAGUCUAAGCAGGGCUUCGUCUCUGGAGCUGCUGGCUAUGUGUUCAGUAAAGCGGCGCUGCACCGUUUCAUCAAUUUGGGGCACGGCAAUGGCAACCUUUGCAGUAAUCGUAGCUAUGGCAUUGAUCAUGUGGAAUUGUCGCGAUGUCUGCGAAAUGCGGGCGUCAUAGCUGGAGAUUCUCGUGAUGAGGAUGGUCUACUCCGAUUCCUACCAGUUCCACCAUAUAAAUCACACGGACUUUUGUCGAGUUCUGCGAUAUCAUUUCACUAUAGUAAUGUUGAAGAUUUCUACAUGCUGGAUUAUGUUAUCUACCAGCUGCACCCCUUUGGUUUAAGUCGCGACCCACCUCAGCAUCAGUUGAAAGUAAUUCCACAAAAGUGGCCAAUUGAAUUGGCGAAUAUCAGUCAACUUCAUUAGUUGUCGUUGAGAAAGGGAGUGCCAUGAGAUUGAAGCUGAUAUACUGCUGGAAACAAUGCCAAAGACAAUUACUAUUCAGUACGUUUAGUUAUAUUUUGAUCAAUUUGUUGA